AUGACUAAUAUAGUGAGUAUGACGAGUAUAGUGACUAUAGUGAGAAUGACGAGGGUACUGAGUAUAGUAAAUAUAGUGAAUAUAGUAAAUAUAUAUGAUGAGUAUGACGAGUAUGACGAGUAUGACGAGUAUGACGAGUAUGACGAGUAUGAUGAGUAUGAUCAGUAUAACGAGUAUGUCGAGUAUGAUGAGUAUGAUGAGUAUGAUGAGUAUGAUGAGUAUGAUGAGUAUGAUGAGUAUGAUGAGUAUGAUGAGUAUGAUGAGUAUGAUGAGUAUGAUCAGUAUGACGAGUAUGACGAGUAUGAUGAGUAUGAUGAGUAUGACGAGUAUGGUGAGUAUGAUGAGUAUGACGAGUAUGACGAGUAUGGUGAGUAA